CAGUCCUUUUUGUCUCUUUUUCUGAAAAAUGUCGCAAUCCAGCGAUAGCCAAGCCAGCCACCUGUCCACAUCACCUGCUCGGCGACCGCGCUCGCCCUCAGCUGCAGCCCGUUCGCCGAGCGAAGUGCAGCGCCCUCGCGUGGAGCAACCACACGGGGCAGACAGCGAGCGAGCAACGCUGGAGGUCGCGAUGGCCCGACUGAGCUCGGCACUGAAGGAAAAUCUGCGAUACUUUGAUAGCCUUGCAACAACUGUCCGCGAUUCAGGAAAUAUCGCACAGGACCAGCGUUUGCACGCCAUGACGCCUGCCCGACAAGACCCAAAUCUUCGAGAUGCAGUUGCUGCUCUUCAAGCAGAGAACCAGCGGCUUCAAGCAGAGAGCCAGCGGCUUCUUGCAGAGUCUCAAGCAGAGACCCGGCGGCUUCAAGCAGAGAGCCAGCGGCUUCAAGCAGAGAACUCACGCUUCAAGCGGCUUCAAGCUCAAGCUCUAGGCGAGCAUCCGUUGGGCGACAACGACUUGCUUGUCACGUUUUGGCGCGCGCUUCUGGCCGGCCAGGUGACUGAGCAGCCGCACCGCGUCAAUGGUGUCGAUUUUGUUUUCUUGGUUCUGCCUGACGAUGUGGUCUGGAUGGGGAAACGCAGAAUGGGCCGGACUCUCAUGGUCCGCGAGUGCUAUCCUGCCCUUUUUGACAUCAUCACCAAUUCCGGAGCUGAGCGGCAGCCCUGGGUUGUAAUCGGCAAUCCGGGCAUUGGCAAGACGUUCUUUUCGGCAUACUUCUUGUAUCGUAUCGUCCAGCGGUGGCGAGACGACCCACAAUCUGAGUUGACUGUUGUCUACGAACCUGCUCAACUUGAGGCCAAGCCGCGAUACCUGCUCUGCUCCGACCAGACCGUGUCAAAGGGCAGCAUCCUUUCCGACCACUUUGCCCUGGCGCUAGACUCUCUCAAGACCUGGUACCUUGUCGAUGGCCACGCUGCUGGUCUUUACGAUGCUCAAACCUUGCUCGUCACCUACCCUCGCCGCGAAUUUUACAAAGAGCUCGAGAAAGAUUCCAUGCCAAGGCGGUACAUGCCAGUGUGGUCGAAGGACGAGAUUUUCGCCUGCCUCCACCAACAGAACGCGACUCCAGAGAACAUGCGAGAUGCCGAAAUGCGAUUUUCACGGUGGGGUGGCAUUGCUCGCCAAGUUUUCAAGGCUGAGACCCUGCAGAACUCAGAGAGACCGUUGCAAGAGGCGAUUAACAGUUGCAAAAUCGAGAACAUUCGCAGCGCCGUUGACAAGCCCGCUGGUGAACAAGAGGCGUCACACCGAAUUGUUCACAUCGAUGUCCUACCAAGCACCACAUGCCCUUACCAGGAAACUCGACUGUUGUUUGCGUCCGAUUGGGUGGUCGAACAAUAUCUGCAUCGUUCGUUUACCGAAGAGCAUGCCAAUCUUGUCCAUUUUCUGGGUGCAGUCAAUGAUCUUGCACCUUACGCCUCGCUUCGCGGACAGCUGCUUGAGAAGUAUGCUCAUAGCAUCAUCCCGCAGGGUGGCUCCUUCCAAAUUCGUGACUUGUCCAACACCCAAGCAGCUGUGUCCACUUUGGUCAUUCCACCGCUCACGCGCGUUUUGUUCCAAGCGCUCAACCAGGUCGAUCUCCAGUCGAGCAACAUGUACUUUCAGCCCACAGCUAGCAAUCAUCCGGCCAUCGACGCCGUCAUCUCACCGAACAAGUUCUUGCAGAUGACGGUUUCGUUAAACCAUCCGAUCAAAGCGCAGAGACUGGCUGAAGCUGUCCGUCUUGUGCCAGCCCCCGAGCUGUACUUUGUGGUGCCCUAUCAGAUUUUCAACGAUUUUAAGGCCCAGGAUUACCAUUCGGUUGCAGGUCAAAAGCUUCUUGACACUCCUCAGAAUGUCAGGUACGUCCGACAGUUUGCAUUGAGCCUCUCCUUGUCGACCAUUCCCCGUCCAGCUCCUUCUAACACAUGAUUCUACCAAUUCUGGUACCGACACACACACGCACACACACACACACACAAAAAAAAAAAAGAAAAGAAGAAGAAAAAAAAAAAAAAAGAGCGUGAAGCAGCUUCAAUGUAAUCGCACUCUCACACCCAACCUCAACUUGCCAACCCCUCGCGCACUUGUCGGAUGUGCAUGGUCGGCUGCCCGAAGCGUCACACACUCGAUAUUCGAAUCCAAUGC